AUGAAGUUCUGCAAGAAAUAUGAAGAGUACAUGCAAAGACAAAAUCAGAGGAAACUACCUGGGGUUGGUUUCAAGAAGCUCAAGAAAAUCUUGAAGAAGUGUAGGACAGAGCUUCAAUCCCACAAUGACCUCCAAAAUCAUGGUGAUGUGGUUCUCCACCACAUCUCCACUUGCCCCAAUCAUUGCCCAGUCUGCGAUGGAACUUUUUUCCCUUCCCUUUUAAAGGAAAUGUCUGCAGUAGUGGGUAGCUUCAAUGAACGUGCGCAGAAAUUGCUCGACCUUCAUCUAGCUUCAGGUUUCCGUAAGUACUUCAUAUGGUUUAAAGUGAAGCUGCAAGGAAACCAUCCUGCCUUAAUUCAAGAAGGCAAAGACUUGGUGACAUAUGCACUAAUCAAUGCCAUUGCGAUGCGUAAAAUACUCAAGAAAUAUGAUAAGAUUCAUUACUCUAAGCAAGGCCAAGCAUUCAAGUCACAAGCCCAAAGUAUGCACAUUGAGAUUCUCCAGUCCCCAUGGCUAUGUGAGCUUAUGGCUUUUCACAUAAAUUUGAGGGAAACAAAGGCCAUUACAAGGAAGGCUCCUGCAUUGUUUGAGGGCUGCUCUCUAAUAAUCAAUGAUAGCAAACCAUCACUCUCUUGUGAGCUCUUUGAUUCAGUAAAGAUUGAUAUUGACUUGACUUGUUCUAUAUGUUUGGAUACAGUAUUUGAUCCAGUAUCUCUUACCUGCGGUCAUAUCUUCUGCUACAUGUGUGCUUGCAAGUCUGGUUCAGUGACCAUAGUGGAUGGGUUAAAGGCAGCAGAUCCCAAGGAAAAAUGCCCCCUCUGCCGAGAGGCAGGAGUUUAUGAAGGUGCUGUGCACUUGGAUGAGCUGAACAUUCUAUUGAGCCGGAAUUGUCCUGAAUAUUGGGAAGAACGUCUUCGGGUUGAAAGAGUGGAAAGAGUUCGGCAGGCCAAGGAGCAUUGGGAAUCCGAGUGCCGGGCAUUCAUGGGCGUCUGA